AUGCCAGUACGUCACCUGAUGCCGUGAAAAGGAGCCAUUGGUGCAACGUGGCCUAUUGGGAGCACCGGACGCGUGUCGGCCGCCUCUACACAGUGUACGAACAGUCUGUCAGUAUAUUUUAUGACCUACCUCAAGGAAACGGCUUCUGCCUCGGACAGCUAAACCUGGAAAACAGGAGCGAGACUGUGAGAAGGACUCGAAGUAAAAUCGGCUACGGGAUUUUACUAAGCAAAGAACCGGACGGUGUGUGGGCUUACAACCGCAGCGAGCAUCCCAUCUUCGUCAACUCCCCGACACUGGACAUCCCCAACUGUAGGACUCUGAUAGUGCGCAAGGUGAUGCCGGGCUAUUCCAUCAAGGUGUUUGACUACGAGAAGUCCUGCCUCUUGCAGCACACGGCGGAUCUGGAUUACGCGGACGGGCCCUACGACCCGAACAGCGUGCGGAUUAGCUUUGCCAAAGGCUGGGGGCCGUGUUACUCGAGACAGUUUAUCACGUCAUGUCCUUGUUGGCUGGAGAUUUUACUCAGUAACAAUCGAUAACGGUCAGCCUCUGACGAAAGGAAAAAGAAAAAAAAGACACAGAC